AUGGCCCAAAGCCUUGAGCUGGGGAGAGGCAGCCGCAGGCGCUUCCUCCCCUCCCCUCCCCUCCCGGUGCCCAGGCUGGUGCUGCUCUCUCCCCUCCCUGCCCUGGGAGCUGCAGACACAGCUGGUUUCCUCCUGUCACAGGCGGCGUGUCAGAAGCAGGGCCAUGGGGCCCAUCUUGCCUCGAUUCUCAGCAGUUCAGCCACAGAAGUCAUUGCCGGAUACAUCUCCAGUCAUUAUCCUGAUGGGAACGUGUGGAUCGGGCUCCAUGACCCUCGGCAUAAUAGAGUGUGGACAUGGACAGAUGGCUCCAGCUUCACCUACAGAGCUUGGCGAUUUUGGGAGCCUAACAACUGGAUGUGGAGAGAGUACUGUGUGGAGCUCCGACAUUUUUGGGGAUUUAAGAAAUGGAACGAUAUGGACUGCAAGAGACAGAGAGCCUUCAUCUGCAAGUACCGUCUCAAAGCAGGAGUACACCAGCUCCUGGGCUGUGAGCGCAAUGCAUCCGGCAGCUCUUCCAGGGAGACCCAUCCUGCAAACCUGCCUGCUGUGCCCCCUCCCCACACUGCUGUGCCCAUCCAUGCCAGUCCAUCUAUCCUCUGCCUGCUCUUGCUCUGCUGGGCUCUCGUGUCUCUCCUCCCCUCCUCUGCAUGGUCCCAGCACAGUGCGGUGAUAAUAAACUUCCCCUUGGCAUUCAGUCCCAUGUGUGUCUCCUGUGGGCCCUGCCUACCUGCGAAGGGGAAGGGGCCACGUGUCUCCCAUGGCUGUGCUGGGAGCUCCCCUGGCCCAGUGCCUUGA